AUGCAACAGCAAGCUCCACAGUUCAUGCCGCCGCCUCCUGUUCCGGGAGCUGGUGGAGCACAGGUGCCUGUCUGGCAGCAGGCUCAAGAUGCAGGAGGACCACCGGAGGCCGCCGUGUCCAAACCCAUCCAGCGCGGACCGGCCGGGCCCGCGCUCGACGUGAAGUCUGGGCUGAGCCUCGAGGUCGUCACCGGCAAGGUGAAGGAGAUUGCCCUCAGGAUCACCGGUGCAGACGAGGGUGAGAUUGAAGCCGACACACCUUUGAUGGAAGCAGGCUUGACCAGCAAUUCUGCAAUUAUCAUGCGUGAUGAGCUUUCUCAAGCUCUUCCUGGUGUGCAGCUGCCAGUCACCCUGGUCUUCGAUUACCCUUCCGUGUCUGCGAUGACUGAACUGAUCCUGCAGAGCACCGGGGCUCCUGCCCUGAAGAAUUAG